GGGGGGGGGGGGGGUGUGGGGGUGAGUGGGGGUGGGUGGGGGUGGGGUAUGGGUGUUAUUUCCAUCUACGGACCCGCAACCACACCCACAUAAACAUCCACACCUACACCCACAUCCACCCACACCCAUCCACACCUACACCCUGUUAUUCUUAUUCACUGACAAGUUAUCCUUCAAAAUCUCUUUGGGAUAGUGUGUGUAUAUUUUUUCGAUAGCUUUUUUUUGCAAUUAUAUUUUUACUAUCAUCAUUAAUAUCGUCUAUAAGUAACUUUUUUUAUCAGCUGUACAUAUAUGGAUAAGCGAAGUUGAAUAUGUAGAUACGAAAGGAAAGGAAAAGACGACAGAAUGGAAAAAAAUAUUUAGAGAGAUAUAGACAGAACGAAAAGAAUAGCUGUUUUCACUGAGAAAUCGUAUUUUAAAAAUUUUUGCUGGGGACUUGGGAAUACCCAUUCGAGAUAAUUACGGACUUUUGCUCAAAUUUUUACGCUCUUUCCAACAAUAUAAUUUGUAUGGGGUCGGCACGAAAUAAAAUUUUUUGACCCAGUUGAUAUGAAUAUUCUAAACUCGAUUUUUUUUCUAUGAUAAUUUAGAGUUUUCCUUGGAUAUUAAAUGAAGGUGAAAUAAAUCCAAGUACUACAAUUAUUUUUACUGAUUAUGAUGAUCCAGCACAAAGUAAUAAAAUACCAUUUCGUGUUGAAAUUUUAAGUCCAUCAAAUUUUACAUUAUCUGGUCCAACAUUAAAUUAUGUUGGAGGAUAUCAAUUAACAUAUAAUGGUAUAUUAAAUACAUAUCCAAUAUCAGAUGGUUUUAAAACAAUAAAUGUACUUUAUAUGAUUGAUUUUGUACAAGUCGAACAUAUUUCAUUCGUGAUUACACCUGACGCACUUUAUCCAGGUUCAUAUACAAUACAUGUUGAUGUAACGAAACCUAUAGCAUCAUCAACAGAUUUAAGUACAAUUGAUCUUUCAGUUACAAGUAUUUAUGGUGAAUUUGUUCGACAAGCAGCAACAAUUUGUGUUCAAGGUGAAUAUCCUGAAACAUUAAUUGAUCCAUCAAUUGGUAAUCGUCUUAGUAUACUUCGUAAUGCACUUGCAUCAUUUUUACUUUUUACUACUGAUUCAAUUAUUAUACUUGCUAUACGUCCAGUUUAUCAAUAUCGUAGUCUAUAUGAUCCAUCAUUACCAUUUAAUCAAGCGAAACAACGAGCAUUAACUGAUGUUAUUUUUUAUGUAGCAUCAUAA